AUGAGCGAGAUCACCCACCCCACUAUCAAAGAUGGCUGGUUCGUCGAGGCCUCGGACAUGUGGCCCGGCCAGGCCAUGACCCUCAAGGUCAACCAGGUUCUCCACCACGAGAAGUCCAAGUACCAGGAUGUGCUGGUCUUUGAGAGCACCGACUACGGAACCGUGCUGGUUCUGGACGGUGUCAUCCAAUGCACGGAGCGCGACGAGUUCUCCUACCAGGAGAUGAUCACCCACCUGGCCAUGAACUCGCACCCGAACCCGAAGAAGGUCCUGGUUAUUGGCGGUGGUGAUGGCGGUGUCUUGCGUGAGGUCGUCAAGCACGAGACUGUGGAGGAGGCCGUGCUGUGUGACAUUGACGAGGCCGUCAUUCGUGUGUCCAAGAAGUACCUGCCUGGCAUGAGCAUCGGGUUCCAGCACCCGGCCGUCAAGGUUCACAUUGGCGAUGGCUUCGAGUUCCUCCGCGACCGCAAGAACGAGUUCGACGUGAUCAUCACGGACAGCUCCGACCCCGAAGGUCCGGCCGAGAACCUGUUCCAGAAGCCUUACUUCCAGCUGCUCUACGAUGCCCUGCGUGACGGAGGCGUGAUCACUACUCAAGCUGAGAACCAAUGGCUCCAUCUCUCUCUGAUCGCUGAUCUCAAGAAAGCCUGCAAGGAAGUCUUCCCUGUGGCCGAGUACGCCUACACGACGAUCCCGACCUACCCAUCCGGCCAGAUCGGGUUCAUGGUCUGCUGCAAGGACCCGAACCGGGAUGUCAAGGAGCCGGUGCGGACGUGGUCCCGCGAGGAGGAGGAGCGGCUGUGCCGGUACUACAACAAGGAGAUUCACCGCGCCAGCUUCAUCCUGCCGAACUUUGCUCGCAAGGCACUGAACGUAGAGUCGAGCAUCUUGCCGAGAGAGUUCUUAUUCUACUGGCGAUAUUCAAUGAAAUGA